AUGGCGCUCUUACGGCGCAGGCUGCGCUGUCACUACUGCAACAACCAGUCACGCGACACCUUCUUACACAUACCCAAGACAUUUCACUGUCCGCAAUGCGACGCCGUGAAUCACUUCGAUGAGCGUGGAAACAUCACAGAUCCGCCCCUGGAAGAAAUUGCAUCUGCGCCUCAAGCCUCCUUUCAACACCUGCGGUCGCGCUCACCAACACCUGCCAUGUCCACAGUGGGGGAUGACAUCUUCUGCGACACAUGUCAGCGCAACCAGACCCUCUACGCCAAACUCCUCGGCGAAUACCUCCCUGAAGAAGACGAUCCGGCAUACGACCAAUAUCUGGCCGCGUAUGACGACUACAAGGACGAGCUCGAGACCCGAUAUCCACAAGUCUGCAGCGAAUGUCUGCCUCGCGUCCAACAUCAGAUCAGGAAUGCGAAUCACGUCGCUAGAGCAGACAAUCUGGCGCGCAUAAUGGAAGCGGCCAAGCAGAAGCGCACGACCGUUCACACCCACCGGCAAGCGUGGACACUGAGGCUCAUUUCGCUGGCCAAGUGGACUUACAUCUUGAGCACGGUAACAGGCGUGGUUUGGCAUAGUGCUGGGUUGAUUAUGGGUCCGGACCAAGAUAUACGGGCGUACCAAGUGUUCAGCUGGGAUACUUGUUGGACCCAGGCCAAGUCAAAUGGCUGGAUCGAUGAAGUCUGUGUCCUGUCACCCGUAGUACUCAAGUGGUUGAAGUUCGCAAUUAUUGCCGACGCUCUUACAGUCUGGUGGAAUCCCAAGUUGAAAGUCAAGAUGAACAGUCUUACAGGACGAAUGCGUGGGCUUAUGUCCUUGUGGGUGAUCCGCGUAAGUGCAGUUGUCCUCCGCUUCGUAAGCCUCUAUUACUGGCAAGGCACCGAAAUUAACAACGAGACGCUCGACCACUUCCGGCACACUCACAUGGGCAUGCUCGGCAUACUAGCUUUCUCGUCCCUCAUGGCAUGGAAGGCUGUGCGCAUUGUAUACGGCGCUGCACCCUCUUUCCCAAAAGCGACUCGGGAACCUGUUCCCGAGGUGCCUGGUAGCGCGAAGAAGGUCAGGAAAGGCUCUUACCAUCCAGCUCAUCCCCAGGCGGACCUCUUCGAUAGUAUGGCGCAAGCUUUCACGACUGGAUUUGAACAGGGUAAAGAAUCCUCUCCUCUCCCUCCGUCACCAACCAUCUCAGAAGCCUCCUACACUACACACGCUACCGAUGUCACCACCCCCUUCGCUCAGCGAUCCGCAUUUCUGGGUGCUGACGACAUGGACUGGACACCAACUAAGCCCAGAGGUCGUUUCUCUUCCCAAGCUCCAGAGAUCAUAUCCAAUCAAUUUUCCAAGACUACAACCCCACCACCCGCAGCACCUCCUCGCUUCAACGAACCCCAUUCCAUCUUCUCAAAGCCAGACCCAAACCCCUUCCGUCACCGGGUCCCAGCCCCGCCACCAACCUCCCUCUCUGCGAGCCAGAAACCCAACCCUUGGAAACCCAGUGUCUGGACUCCUCCUCUCAAAGAAAACGCACCCAGUUUCUUUAAGAAGGAACAGAAGACACAAGGAGGCGUGGGAGAAGUAUCAGGCCUAGAUGGCCUGGGUGUACCAAAGAAUGUUAAGAGGGACGCGGAGCUCUUCGCUAGCCCGAAGCUGAAGUAUGAUUAUUAUGGGACUCCAAAGGAUACAGGAUUGGAGGAUACGUUUAAUGCUAUGUUUACGAAAUAG